AUGGUGAAUAUGAUGGGCAGGAUUUUUGGUACUGCUUGGGAGUUGUUGCGUAUUCGACCUUACCCAGAUGUACCCAUAGACGGUUACUGGGGCCAGCCGAGUGCGACAAUCGAUUGGUGUGAAGAGAAUUACGUUGUGUCAUACUAUUUUGCGGAAUGGUCGAAUACGGUUAGCAACAGUAUUUUCUUUGUGUUGUCGUUUUACUUGUUGUACUCUGGUAUACGCCAUAACCUCGAAUCACGUUUUAUACUGACAUCGUUAGGCUUUGGGCUUGUUGGAUUUGGUUCUUGGCUAUUCCAUAUGUCCCUUCAAUAUAAGUAUCAGUUAUUGGAUGAGUUGCCGAUGUUGUAUGUCACAUGCAUUCCAGCCUGGAGUGUGUUAUGCGAGCAGGAAAAGAAGGGGAGUGAUGCAAUGACCAAUGCAUCCAAGAAGAAGCAAUGGAUUAUUGCAACAGUGAUAUCAGUCACUGCGGUGGUUGUUACCGCGCUUUAUAUGGGGGUUUUGACAGACCCAUCUUUCCAUGAAGUGAUAUAUGCAAUACUAACGAUGUUUGUCGUUUUUAAAUCUGCAUAUUUGAGCAGAAAACAUGUCAAAGGCUCUUCAGAAAAGAAAAACCUUCGGAACUGUAUGCUAUUGGGUGUGUUACUGUUUCUUAUUGCAUAUGUCAUGUGGCAGCUAGAUGUACAUAGAUGCGAUUUGUGGAUUGGGAUUAGAAGACAUUUAAUGCUGCCAUUCGGUACUUUGCUCGAACUUCAUGCAUGGUGGCACCUGCUGACUGGACUUGGUGUGUAUUAUUUUAUUGUGUCGCUCAUAUAUUUGAGGUUAGUAUUGCAUUCCAAACAGGAUAAUUACGUUAUGAUUUGGAGAUGGAAGAUGCUUCCCGAAGUGGUACAUAACAAAAACGCAUUGUGGAAGAACUACUCGUACGAAUUUCUAGGGCCAUACAAUAGUAGUCCCCAAAGGUUAAAAACUAGUCAUGUAGAGUAA